AUGGAGGUUCAAAUUCUGUCACAGAAGUUCAUAAAACCCUACAGUCAAACCCCACUUCACCUAAGGAACAUGAAGGUAUCAUUGAUUGAUCAACUUGCUCCUCCGGCGUAUACACCUAUGAUUCUCUACUAUUCUGCUGUUAACGGUGAGAAGACGAUGUCCGAAAGGGAUAACAGAUUUAACAGGUUAGAAAAAUCAUUAUCAGAGACACUGGCAUGCUAUUAUCCAUUAGCAGGAAGAUAUAUUGAAGACAGGAACAUGGUUGAUUGUAAUGAUGAUGGGGCAUUAUUCUUGGAAGCUAAGGUGAGUGGCCAGCUUGCUCAACUUGAUCUCCAGGGAGCGGUUGAUGUUAAGUCGUUGAAUAGAUUCGUUCCAUUUGGAGAUGAAAUGGCCUUUAAUCCUAUAGUACUAGCAGUUCAAAUCAACAAGUUUGACUGUGGUGGGUUGGUCAUUGGUGUGUGCAUAUCGCAUAGGGUAGCUGAUGGUCACACUAUGGGGGCAUUCCUAAAAGCAUGGGCUACAGCCUGCCGAGCAGGGAUGCAUGAAGUGAUCCGGCCUAGUUUUGAUGCAGGAGCUCUAUUUCCGGCAAGAGAUGUCUUACGUUUCGGUACUCCAGUUCCUAGAGAUCAUGGAAGUCAGAUUGUCACAAAAAGGUUUGUUUUCGAUGGAGAAAAAAUAAGCAGUCUGAAGGCUAAAGUUAUGUCCUAUGCUCGUGAUUCAGACGUCAAACGCCCUCCUUCGCGGGUGGAGGUGGUGACAGCACUAUUAUGGAAAGCUCUAAUAGGCGUAGCUCAAGCAAAACAUGGAAAACUAAGACCUUCUUUGCUAACCCUUCCAUUAAAUCUUCGGGGGAAAGUGGAUCUUCUGAUUACAGAGAAUUCUUUUGGAAACCUCUACAGGAUGGUCGGUGUUCGAUUUAAUCCUAAGGAGAGUAGUUCAGAGAUGCAUCAUUUGGUAAGUCUGCUCAAUGAUGCAGUAAACAAGGCCAACAAAGAUUGCGAAAAAGUGGUAAAUUCUGAUGAUGUGAUAGCUAUGGUCAGUAAAUCCAUGGAAGAAAUACAUAACGGAGCAAGGAAUGGGGAUCUAGAUAUCUGUGUGGUUCCUAGCUGGUGUAAGUUUCCUUUUUACCAAAUUGAUUUUGGCUUUGGAAAACCAACUUGGUUUAGCAGUGUGCAUAAACCUUUGGAAAUAGUACUUCUUGUGGAUACCAAAUUUGGGACUGGAAUUGAAGCUUGGGAUUUUAUGUGCCUGGAUGCUCGUGAGGAAUUCAAGGUGGAGGCAUUUACAAUCGAGUCCGAGGGACUGUACCAUACUGCGUUGGCUGUCGCCAUGGAAGAGAUAUGA